AUGUCCUGUCUUGGAAGGUACUGCCCAGACCCACCUCCGAUCCGGGGCCUCGUGGUCCGACAGUGCCUAGCAGAGUUUCUGGGUAUAUUUGUGCUGUUGCUCCUCACUCAGGGUUCUGCAGCCCAUUCUGUCAGUGAAGAAGACAAAGGCAACUUCCUUACAACUCUGACCAGCUCUCUGGCUGUUACAAUAGCUAUCUACGUGGCAGGCAAUGUCUCAGGAGCCCACCUAAACCCAGCCUUCUCUCUGGCCAUGUGCUUGAUAGGACGCAUGCCCUGGGCCAAGCUCCGCAUCUACUGCUCUGUGCAACUGUUGUCUGCUUUCUGUGCCUCAGGAGCGACCUGCGUUCUCUACCACGAUGCCCUCCAGCACUACACAGGUGGGAACCUGACAGUGACUGGUCCCAAAGAGACAGCCUCCAUUUUUGCCACCUAUCCUUCCCCCUAUCUGUCCCUGAACAAUGGCUUCUUGGAUCAGGUUCUGGGCACCUGGAUGCUGAUUGUGGGGCUGUUCGCCAUCCUAGACAGACGCAAUAAAGGAGUGCCUGCGGGUCUGGAGCCUGUGGUUGUGGGACUGCUGGUCCUCGCCAUCGGACUAGCCAUGGGUUCUAACUGUGGCUCUCCACUCAACCCUGCCCGGGACCUGGGCCCACGGCUCUUCACCUACUUGGCUGGCUGGGGCCCUGAAGCCUUCAGUGCUGGUAACGGCUGGUGGUGGGUGCCUGUGGUGGCUCCUAUGGUGGGGGCCACCCUUGGCACAGCCACAUACCAGCUCCCGGUGGCUCUGCACCACCCUGAGGAUCCAGAGCCCCGUUCCAAAGGUGGCAGCGGCUCGGCUGGGGGCUUCAGUCUCGGGAACUCUAGUUCAGCUGGAGUGUAA